GCUGCUGUUUUGUCACGUUUUAUACCAGGAAAGCCGCCCUUGAAGCCCAGAAUGCACUGCACAACAUAAAGACCUUAACAGGGAUGCACCACCCAAUUCAGAUGAAACCUGCAGACAGUGAGAAAUCUAACGCGGUGGAAGACAGGAAGUUGUUUAUCGGCAUGGUGUCGAAGAAGUGCAACGAGAACGACAUCCGGGUCAUGUUCUCGGCGUUCGGGCAGAUCGAGGAGUGCCGGAUCCUGCGGGGGCCCGACGGACUCAGCAGAGGAUGUGCGUUUAUCACGUUUUCCACCAGAGCUAUGGCACAGAAUGCAAUCAAAGCCAUGCACCAGUCUCAGACUAUGGAGGGCUGCUCGUCUCCCAUCGUGGUGAAGUUUGCCGACACGCAGAAGGACAAGGAGCAGCGGCGUCUGCAGCAGCAGCUGGCGCAGCAGAUGCAGCAGCUGAACAGUGCGACCACCUGGGGGAGCCUGACCGGCCUGGGCGGCCUCACCCCGCAGUAUCUGGCUGUAAGGAGAGCCGCCGCGUCGCCCACCAUCAUCUCCACCUCCUCCUCCGCCCCUUACUGCAGCCCCAUGGCCAACGCCGCCGCACUGCUCCAGCAGGCGACCUCCUCCAGUAACUUGGGAGCCUUCAGCGGGAUCCAGCAGAUGGCCGGUAUGAGCGCUCUGCAGUUGCAGAACUUGGCCACUUUAGCGGCGGCAGCGGCGGCGGCCCAAAACUCGGCCAGCCCCUCCAACGCAAACCCCCUGUCCUCCAACGCCGCCUCCCUUGCAGCGUUGACCAGCCCAGUGCCGGGCACAACAGCCAGCUCCAACGCCAGCGCCAUGAACUCUCUGACCUCUCUGGGCACCCUGCAGGGCCUGGCAGGCGCAACCGUCGGCCUGAACAACAUUAAUGCACUAGCAGGUAGCAUGAACAGUAUGGCGGCUCUCAACGGAGGCCUGGGCGGCGCGGGGCUCACCAACGGCACGGCGGGCACCAUGGACGCUCUGACGCAGGCCUACUCAGGGAUCCAGCAGUACGCCGCCGCAGCGCUGCCCACCCUCUACAGCCAGUCGCUGCUGCAGCAGCAGGGCGCCGCCGGCAGCCAGAAAGAGGGUCCCGAAGGUGCCAACCUGUUCAUCUACCACCUGCCCCAGGAGUUUGGAGACCAGGACAUACUGCAGAUGUUCAUGCCUUUCGGAAACGUGGUCUCUGCCAAAGUCUUCAUCGACAAACAGACAAACCUUAGCAAGUGCUUCGGCUUUGUCAGCUACGACAAUCCGGUGUCGGCGCAGGCAGCCAUCCAGGCCAUGAACGGCUUCCAGAUCGGCAUGAAGCGGCUGAAGGUGCAGCUGAAACGCUCCAAGAACGACAGCAAACCGUACUGAUCUUAGCACUAGGGUCUCUCUGCUCCCCAUGUUAGCACUGCUAGGAACAACCCAUCUCCAUCUCCUGUUAGCUCAUCGUUUGCCUAGCAUGUCUCCGUGGCGUCCACACACACACACACACACACACAAAAAAAUAACUUUUAACGAAAACAAACAAACAAAAAAAAAAUGUCCCCCGCCAAAAACAAAAGUGUCAUCGUCCACCUCCACAUUGUUGGUUUUUCUGAAGUCUUUUCCGAGCUCACCUGAUCAUAACCUGGUUCUCCUCCGACGCCUACUGACUUUGACAUUUUUUGGACUUUGAUUUUUUUAUGAUUUUAAUUUUUUCUUUUUUGUGUGUUUUUUUUUGCAUGUGACCUCAUUUGGAUCUGUUUUCCCGGGGGGGUUUCAGGAAGGGAGGGAGUGAGGAGAUAAGGAGGGAGGGGAGAAGAAAAUGAAUCAAUGUGAAAAAGAUAUAAAGCUGCAUUCAUAUGAAAAAAAACUAAAAAAGACUUGAGAUUUUUAUGGAGAAACAAAUGUUCUUUUUUGGAGAAAAUACAAACAAACGACAACCUGUGGCAAAGUGACUUCCAUUCAGUUUGUUUUCUUGCAUUUGUUUUUGUUUCUUCUUCUUCUUCUUCUUUUUCUUCUUCUUCUUCUUCUUCUUCUUCUUCUUCUUCUUCUUCUUCUUCUUCAGUUUUUUCCUUUUUCUUCUUCAUUUAAAGUAAACUUGAAAGUUCACUACAGGAAUUGGCGCGUCUCCGUGCUUCUGGCGCCGGUUGGCACACAGAGCCGCGGGCCAGAAGCCGGCGGCGCCAGUUUCUCUGAGAAAUAAGACUACUUCCAAACGGUUUUGAAUAAAAACUGUCUGAUCAAUAUUAGACUCUCUCAGAGCUCUCUAAUGGUUUUUACAUUUUUCAGGCAGUGUAAAGUUUUUUGAUAAGGCCAUUUUAAGUGGCUCUGUUUCUCAUUCAAAGUCUAUAUAUAGAACCACUUUUUUCUAGAGUAGUUUAAAGGUAAAAAUAAAAAAAUGACAUUUGCCCUGUUUGGGGGGGAGAAAUGCUACCUACUUGUGUCACCUUUUGCUGAAACUGACUCACAGAUAGACAAUCCGUGGUUUAAAUGCACAUGAUGAAAUGACCUAUAUUUUCUACUGUUUAAAUGUAUAGAGGAAAAAAAAAUACUAAGAUACCUGUAACCCGCGUUAACGUCGGUGCUUCUUGUGAGUUUAGUUGUGGUUUCAUCACAAGUCCAACGGUCUUAAGUGUCUCAUGUUUUUCAAGAGAAGACUAAAAAAUCAGUUUACUUGAACAAUAGACAAAGCCUUUCAUAUUACUAUAACAAUUACUUUGUUCUUUUUUUUCCCUCUUUUUUUUUAAGGAGUCCCUGUUUGCUAAAAUUUCUUGUUGGUUAAUUAGCUAUAUGAAAAUUCCUAAAAAUAUAUAUAAAUAUAAAUAUAUCUAUAUAUAUAUAUAUAUAAUGUCAGCUUGUGAAGCAUCAAUGUCAUUAUUAUUUUAUUUCUCUCGUGGGAAACAAUAUUUAGAUGUGUUUUUGUUGUUCGGCAAAAUGUCUUAUAAAGAAAAAAAGACAAGAUCAGUGGAGUUUAGUGCCAAAUUCUGAAGGUACUUCCUGCCUAGCGCGUCAGUGUAUUUCUUGUGAAAUUAUUUGAUAACAUGGGUAUUUUAUUAUAAGUGUUUUGUAUGGAUCCCUCAUAUUUAAAAAUAUAGAUUUAAAAAAGAGUUUGUUAACUUGCUAUUCUGUGGUCUUGUUGCCUGAAAAUGUCAUGUUUGCUUUUUUUCUUUGUAAAGAUGUUAAAAAAAAGUGCCCAUGUGUCAUAUAUAUAUAUAUAUAUAUCUAUAUACACACACGCACACACACGGACACACACAAACAAACACACACUCUCGUGCAGACCUCACAGUUUACUUUGUUGUUGUGCAUGAGAGCCCCUGAGCGUGAAAGCCUCCACAGCAACCGCUACCGCCCGCCAGCGUGCACACACACACACACGCAAGCGCACACAAACACACAAACGAGAAUCACGCACUGAUAUUUUUAGCCAUUGUACAGCCGUUUUAUUCAUCAAAGCCUUACCACGAAUCUUUGCACUCCUGUUCUCUCUCUCUAUUAGUAACUCGCACACACAGACAUCAGGCUUCGGUAGAUAUAUAUAUAUAUUGUUUUGAUUGUUUCUCUCGCACGCUAUCCCCAAAAAACUGAGGUGAGACUCGUACGCAAAGCCUUAUUUCUCCAAAUCCUCUUAUUCCUUUCGUUAGGUUUUAAAAAAGAAUCUCUGAGUUGUCGCCCGGCGUCGUUUCUGGAUCGUUACCUUUCUCGCGUUUUCACCUCAGAUGCGCACAGGGCACGACUCGCUCGUUCAGGCCUCGACCUUCUGAGGAAUAAGCACACGCAGCCGUUGGGACGCUACGGGAGCAAGUUAACUUAUCCUUUGAUCAACUUAUCCUUUGAUUGUUUUCUAAAUGGUUGUGAGACUUCUCCAUCAUGUGAGUCCUGUGGUGUAAUGGGCCAAAAAUCACGUUGAGAUGCCAAAGUGUGUUAUUGACAUUCUCAUAGUCGAGCCGUUUACAUGGCACAGUGUUGUCAGUCGAUUCAACUGCCCCCCUUCCCCCCCUCCCUGAAAGCCUAGUUUACGGUCUGCAAAAAAAAAAAAAAGGCAGCAUUAUUUUCUACAGAAGCUCACCAGUCGCCUUAACCAGGGAGCGUUGUGUCAGUAUUAUAAGACUAGAAGAUGUUGUCAGUCAGUCAGUGAAUUGUGCCAAGUCCAGGUUCACUUCUAUGUACAUUAACCUCCCACUCGUCCAAACGUCUGGAUUUCGCUUUUCCGCCAUUUUCAUCCAAUGGCUGAAAUGGGCUGUUUGUCCUCGCGGUGAAGAAGCAGAGAAAACGAGUUGCAUCUGUUUGGGAGGACGCCGCUCGCCGCCUGGUUGUUGUCUCCCAGGCUAACCGGGGUUAUUAGAAGCCGGGCAAUUCGGAGAGACGCCUUAUUGGAAUCGCGGCAGGGGAAAUAAAGCCGAGGAAGGGUCACGUCCGCGGGUCCACACCGGCAAAACAACCACCGCCGCCGCGGAGAUGAAGGCAAUACAGCUUUCAUUAUCCUCGCCAAGACUGAAACCCAAUACCAAACUUUAUCUGAUCUCAUGGAGGGAGGCAAGCAGACUUAUUCCUUAAUGCAGUACACACACACACAUGAGCAGUGCCACAAACAGCCAUAACUACCUGUACGAAACUGCUGGGCCGCGGGAGUCCCAGUCCAAUCAGUGUUAACGGACCAGUUGUCUGACCAGCGUGCGUCGGAUUCACGUUGUAACCGCUGCAAAGUCAAAAAUCUUUACAAUCCUAUAUACGAUUGCACGUUCACACCUUCACACCUCACUCUCGCACAACUCGUAUUUGUAACGUGUGGAGGCUACACACUGUCGUUAGCGCUCGAGUCAUCUUCGCUGCGCCGCGGCCGUCCAAGAAAUUUUUAAACUGUCCCGAUAAAAAAAACAUGUCGUAAAAAAAAUCGCUAAAUCACACCGAGUUGCACACGGCCUGAAGUCGCACACAGUCUAGCGUGAAGCAUGUUUGUCUUUGUUUCAAUGUCGAAGCACAAGAGGGUCGUGGAAACCGAGUUUCUGUCGAGCGGCUCACCUCAGGGGCUGUCAUCGCCGAUGCUUGUUGUGAACUUUCUAUCUCGUCACUGUUCACUUCUCUGUUCUCCUUCUUUCUUAAUUAUCUUAAGUGCUAUUUAUCAAACAAUGAAAUCAGAAAGGAAAAAAAAAAAAAUUGAACUUGUCGUUUCUUUGCAUUAUGGCUUAUGUCAAGUUUUUUGAGGAAAAAAAAACGUUUUGUGUGUUCUCUCUUUCCGUGCCGUGAAAAAAAAAAAAGAGCUUGUUGUCUGUAGAAAUUAUCCAAUUCUUUUUUUGUGUUUUUUUUCUUGUUUUCUGUUUCUUUUAAUUCUCAAAAAAAUGGUUUUCGGUAGUUUCAAAGUUAUUGUCUUGAGAGAAGCCAAAGUUAAUGCAUUUCAGUGGAUCCUGUAAGCGUGAUGUAUGUUUGUUUGACAACACUUCGGAAAAUCUGUCACUGGAUGGGAUUUGAAAAAGUACAAAAAAUGCAGGCUUUCCUAUUUCUACAACUGAUUGUACUUAUGCAUUUUGUACCAGUGGAAUUUUUUAUACUGGAGAUUAAAGGAUACAACAAAAAAAUCUUAGAAAAAAAAACGCUGUCUGGCCUGGUGGUGUGGCCCGACCCUGACUGGUCCCCGAGUAUGAUUUCUAGCUGGCAUCAAGAAAGUUGGCUUUUGAUAUAAGAUUUUCUAGAAGAUCUUUGGCUUUAAUUUCUUCUUCACUUCUUUUUCCUCACUUGAGUGUUGUUCUUUCGUUCUUUCUACCUUUCUUUCUUGAUUCGUUCCUUCUUUGUUUUUCUCAAAAAAGGGUAGGUGAGUGUCAGAUCUUUCAUUUUUGCUUUAUAAAUAGUUCUAGCAAGUUUGUCUAUACAGCAGCGGUAAGUUUCAUUUGACUUCUGUAUUGUGCCGUCUACACGAUAAAGACAAUUAUAGAAAAAGAAGGAAUAGAAAUAUUUAGUCACCUUCAGUGGAUUAAUGUAUUAGUUUAAUAAAGAGAUCAACUAAUUAGAAAUCUUUUGCUUUUAGCUGUUUAGAUUUUUCCGGUUUCUCUGUCCUUCUCUGUGAACUAACUGUGUAGCUGAAGCAGUCAGAAUUAUUUUUGUAAACGUAUGUUCUUGUGUGAUGCAGUUUUUUGCUUCUGUCUCCUAUAUUAAACCAUUUUUCCUAAUA